AUGUCAAGAUAUGGCAAAAACCUUGUGCAUUAUAUAAUCGUGGAACACGACGAUCAACGCGGCCAAAAGCCGAUCGACGACGACGACGAAAAAAAUUUUUAUUACCACUGUUCCUUCACCUUCGAAACUUUUUUUCGGGCGACGGCGUUUCUUUUAGCUCCUGCGGUAUGUGCGGUGCGGGAGGUCCCUUGUCGCCUCACACGGACCCGAUAUAACGCUACGGAAUACAUCGAGGGGUAUGGGUGGAUGAUAUCACUGCAGCAAGGUCUGGGUGUUGCAGAAUUUUACCGGCCUUGGCCCCUCAGCGUCCAGCUACAGCGUUAUACUACUCCAAGUCGCCGUUCCCGUUUUGCUGUUCUCACCCCUCAGAGAAAAUGCCACCAGAACGAAGCCAAUGGUCAGGACUUAUCGUUACUUAUACUGUUGAGCCGGAUAUAUCCGCUGUGCUCUAAUACCAGCCAAACGAGAAGGGUAGCGGCAAGAAAGGGUAAACUUUCAUGA